AAUACUCUCGAGUGAUUUACUUUCUCCUUCCACCUGAGUUUCUACGGAUCUUUCCAAAACCAUUUUUUUUUGGUGAAGACGAUGAAUCAGCUUUUCGAUUCUUGACUCUACGUUACACAAUCACUUCCCCUCUUGUUCUACCCAAUCGAAUCCUCUCUCAAAUGUUGACUCAAAUGGAGUUCGACACCCACGAAGACGCCUACACCUACUACAAAAACUACGCCAAAUCCGCCGGCUUCGGAACCGCCAAGCUAAGCAGCCGGAGAUCUCGAGCCUCCAAGGAGUUCAUCGACGCCAAAUUCUCCUGCAUCCGCUACGGAAGCAAGCAGCAAUCCGACGACGCGAUCAACCCCAGAGCCUCCCCCAAGAUCGGCUGCAAGGCCAGCAUGCACGUCAAGCGUCGCCCCGACGGCGGCGGGAAAUGGUACGUCUACAGCUUCGUCGAGGAGCACAACCACGAGCUCUUGCCGGAUCAGGCUCAUUUCUUCCGGAGCCACCGUAUCGCCGCCGAGUCCGAUCCUCGUCUCAGGAGGAAGAAGAACAACAACGGUCCGUUGCUGGCCGAUUCCAAGCAUCUGAGCGCUUAUCACGAUCUAGGGUUUCUGGAUUGUGGCUACGCCGCGAGGAGCCAGCACGAUAAAGGACGGCGUCUCGCGAUCGAAUCUCCCGACGCGCAGAUUCUUCUCGAGUUUCUGAUGCGUAUGCAGGAAGAGAAUCGUAACUUCUUCUACGCCGUUGAUUUAAACGAAGAUAACGUUCUGAGGAAUGUGUUUUGGGUUGACGCGAAAGGGAUUGGGGAUUACAGAAGCUUUAACGACGUCGUUUCGUUUGAUACGAGUUACGUCGUUAGUAAGUAUAAACUGCCGCUUGUUGUUUUCGUCGGCGUUAACCAUCACGUGCAGCCCGUGCUGCUCGGUUGCGGGUUGAUGGGAGAUGAGACUGUUUAUAGUUACGUUUGGUUGAUGCAGUCUUGGUUGAUGGCGAUGGGCGGUUUGAUGCCGAAGGUUAUGCUUACCGACCAAGACGGCGCUGUUAAAGCGGCUGUGUCCGCGGUUUUGAGCGAGACUCGUCACUGCUACUGCUUGUGGUACGUGCUGGACAGGCUACCUCGGAAUCUUGAUUACUGGAGCAUGUGGCAGGAGGCUUUCUUGAAGAAGUUUUUCAAGUGCGUGUGCGGUUCGUGGUCUGAGGAGGAGUUCGAUAGGAGGUGGAUGAAGUUGAUGGAUAAGUUUCAUCUCAGAGAUGUUGAGUGGAUGAGGUGUUUGUACGAUGAACGCAGCUUCUGGGCGCCUGCGUUUAUGAGGGGGGUAACGUUCGCUGGGCUGUCGACGCGUUAUCGUUCGGAGAGCGUGAAUUCUGUUUUUGAUAGGUAUGUUCAAGGGGAAACUUCGGUUAAGGAGUUCUUGGAAGGGUAUGGGGUGAUGCUAGAGGAUAGGUACGAAGAGGAAGCUAAAGCGGAUUUCGAUGCUUGGCACGAAGCGCCUGAGCUGAAAUCUCCGUCGCCUUUUGAGAAGCAGGUGCUGCUUGUGUACACUCAUGUGGUAUUCAGGAAGUUUCAGCUCGAGGUUCUUGGUGCCGCUGCUUGUCAUUUAACGAAGGAGAGCGAGGAAGGAACAACUUACAGUGUUAAGGACUUUGAAGACGAUCAGAAGUAUAUGGUGGAGUGGGAUGAAUCGAAGUCGGAUAUUUACUGCUCGUGCCGUUGCUUUGAGUACAAGGGAUAUCUCUGUAGGCACGCGAUCGUUGUUCUCCAAAUGUCGGGGGUUUUCACCAUUCCGAUAAACUAUGUGUUGCAGAGAUGGACGAAUGCAGCUAGAAACAGACAUCAGAUCAGCGGGAACCUUGAACUUGUGCAGUCUAAUAUCCGCCGAUUCAAUGAUCUUUGCCGGCGAGCUAUUAUAUUAGGAGAAGAAGGGUCUCUUUCACAAGAAAGUUAUGAUGUCGCCAUGUUUGCAAUGAAAGAAGCUUUUAAACAAUGUGCUGUUAAAGUUAAUACCAUCGGAUAUCCCACCAGAUGUGAAGAAGCUGCUGUUCAACCGGGAGAUCAUAUCCAUGAAGACAAUCAAUAUGGAUCCACAUCUAAGCAGAUUGGACUCGAACAUGACAUGCAGCAUGCUUCAGGACAAGGUGAAACCAGAAGGGAGAAGAGGAGUAGUCUAAACAAUACAUCUAAAAAACCAAAGCAUGUGAUGCAAUCUGGAACUAUUGGGGAGGGAAGCCAAGAAGGAUUUCAACAUGUUGUGUUACAGGCUGCGCCAAGACCGUUUCAGGCGGGAUUAGCAGCGCAGUUUCACAGCACGAUCCCAGCAGUGUUUCAAAACGUGAUCCCCGCGGAGUUCCACAAUAUUCCGGCUACAAAUAUGCAUCAGAACAAUCCCCCUGGUUGAAUGGAAAACACAGCCCACAAACUUUUGAUAGCUUCCUUCUUGUAUGUGUGUUGUACGCUUCUUUUCUGGUUGCGUUGUUAUUAGGUUAAGUUGAUAGAGUAAAGGGUGUAUGUAUCUGUUGAUAAACCUAAUGCACGAAUAGGCAUCUCCAUGUAAGCUAAAGAAUUGUCAUGUUUGGUAAAUGCAAGCAGAGUUGGAGAAAGCUCA